UUGGGGUGUUGUUAGGUGCUUUAAACAUUUUCUAGGCAAGCAAUCCUCUUAAAUUCAGCUCCCAAUUUGGAGUGGCAACCCAAAUCUUAUAUACUAGUUGAAUUAUCUUUCAAAGCACUUUCACAUAGCUUUCACACACUAUUAACAUUCAUGUAUUUCGCAUCCGGUGGCUCUUAUUUCAUCUGACAUCUCCCAAACAUUUAUCAUAGACACGUAGUACUUAUGGGCAACUACCGAACACAAUCCUGCCAAUCUGCCACCCCAAAAAUUUUUACUAAAGACAAUGAUGUAACUGGAAUGAAAAACUCCAAAAUGUUAUAAUUAUUGUUCAUUGUCAUAAUGAAUACAUGUAGAAAGGCCAAAACCCAUGCUAAAUUUGGGAAUUACCUGAUAAGAACACAUAUUCAAUCCUCAUAAUUUUGGGUACCUGUUAGUGUAGUGAACUUCAUAAAAAAAUCCACAAAUUAAAACAGAAUCUUGUUGAGACUGCUAACUCGUCCAAAUUAAAGCCAUCAUUGGUGACCAAUGGCCCAAUCAAUUAUGUUCGUGAAUGCAAAUUGAACACCCCACCGUUUCCUGUCUCACUCAACCUAAGCCCACAUGACUCAAAUGGCACUUAGAUGAAACCAGUGGCAGUUGAGACAUUAUUUCAGUUGAAAAAUACUGUUGGACUGUUGUUCCCAAGUACUUGGUCUAAUGGUCCUAGGACACUUCUUAUAAAUUUGGGGCAUACUUAUCUCUUUUUCCAUGCAACCCUAAGUUCUAGAUUCUCUUUUCUCUUUGUCUUGCUCUUCUUGAGUUCUUUCUAUUGCUUACACUCGGUUCUCUAUGGAGUUUCAUCUCUCCCCGGUUCUUGCUUUUCUAGCUCUAGCAGUGGCGGCAAGCCAUGCUGCUUUAUCGCACCGUUGGAACUAUGCAUUGCCAAAUACUCCAAUGCCGAAGGCUGUCAAAGUUAUGCUACAUCCUGGAGAGUUUGGUAUAUUUGCAGACAUCUUGGAGAAAAAAGGUACCUCUGUCAACGUAGGGGAUGGCAGUGUAAACAUCAAUACAGGAAAGAGAAGCCUGGGGGCACGGCUGUUAAUGUUGGGAAAAGGUGGAGUCAGUGUGAACACCGGGAAAGGAAAGCCAGGAGGUGGCACCCAUGUGAAUGUUGGAGGCAAAGGAGUUGGAGUGAACACUGGAAAGCCAGGUGGUGGCACCUCCAUAAAUGAGGGUGGCAAAGGUGGAGGAGCAUCUGUGAACACAGGGCACAAGGGAAAGCCGGUACAUGUUAAUGUAUCACCAUUUCUUUACCAUUAUGAAGCCACCGAGACUCAAGUCCAUGAUGAUCCAAAUGUUGCUCUUUUCUUUCUGGAUAAGGAUAUGCAUCCCAGAGCAACAAUGACCCUGUAUUUCACUGAAGAUACAGAGACGGCAACUUUCUUACCUCGCCACAUUGCCCAAAACAUACCAUUUUCAUCUGACAAGUUGCCAGAAAUUUUGAACAAGUUUUCAGUGAAACCUGGAUCAGCGGAAGCUGAGAUAAUGGAGAACACAAUUAAGGAGUGUGAACAGCCCCAAAUUCAAGGAGAGGACAAAUAUUGUGCAACCUCACUAGAUUCAAUGAUUGACUUUAGUACUCCAAGAUCAGGAAAAGUGCUCAGGCAAUCUCUACAGAGGUGCAAAAACAGACCCCCCAAACAGAAGAACAAAAUAGCACCUGGAGUGCAGAAGAUGGGAGGUGACAAAUCUGUAGUGUGCCAUAAGCAGAAUUAUGCAUAUGCUGUCUUCUAUUGCCACAAAUCAGAAAAAACAAGGGCUUACAUGGUUCCUUUGGAGGGUGCUGACGGAACAAAAGCCAAAGCAGUAGCAGUCUGCCACACGGAUACAUCAGCAUGAAACCCAAAGCAUUUGGCUUUCCAAGUCCUUAAGGUUGAGCCAGGAGCCAUUCCUAUCUGCCAUUUCCUUCCUCAGGAUCACAUUGUUUGGAUCCCCAAGUAA